AUGUAUAAUGGCAGUAAUUUCAGAACGGUCCCUGGGACGACGACCGUUUAUACCUCGGACUCUAACCGCAACUUUUCCACUCAGGAUGUCUUCAAUAAGAAGGAAGAGAUGAACGAAACUCUUCCACUGGGAAGUAUCAGCAAUACACAUGCUAAUACUCAGGGUGGAUAUCGAGACCAGCAGGGCCAUGACGUCUCUUACAAACGAGAAACGCAGACAGCUGUUGACCCUGGUAAGGAGUACGCUCUACUGAAGGAGAUGAAGAAAAGAGUGGUGGCGACGCGAUUGGAGCCGCGUGUAAUCUCGACGGCAUGUAACCACGAAAUACUACAAGAAGAAAACCGUCACCGACACCACAACGACAACGACUCCGCAGUGAACGGUGUUCUCCUAGAGAACAACCUCAACGGAAUUGCCACGCUAAAAAAUUGA